CUUUUGAAAAUUUUGUUUAAACAAAGUAUAGAUUUGAAUUUUUUUAAACUCAAUUAAAUAGGGUUUUAACUAACUAAGGGUUUUAACUAAGGGUUUAGUUAAAAUAAUACAUAAUUUGCAAUUCCUUUUGGACUAAACUAAAAAUUAGAAAUAAUUUCAGUUGUGAAACGUGUUGCGAAUCCGCUAAAAUUUAAUCAUAAACAGGUAUCGUACUAGAAGGAGAUGAACAGAUUUUACAAAAAUACCUUAGAUUUGAUAACGAAUAAUAUGCAUAUUCACACUGUUGUAAUAUCGACCUGAAUCCUAUUAAUGCGCAUUACUGUAAUCUCUUUUUUAUAAAGACGAAUCUUCUUUCAGUUAAUGCAAAUAGUCCUAUUCCUCCAAACCAUGAAAUUCAUUUCCAUUAUUGUGAUCUCAGUUUUCUUCAUUGUUAUUGUGGCUAGUAAUACAGAACAGGAUGAGGAUGACAGCAAUGUAGGACAAUAUUAUUCAUAUAGUUCUGAUUUUACCAAGGUCCGUUGUGGAGGCACAAUGAGCUGCUGCUAUGUCAACACCCGCUGUUGUAUGCAAAAUAUGGGUUGCUGCAAGGGUAGAAGGCAGAUAAGUAAAGCGUUCCCAUGUAAACUUGAUUAAUGACUUUUUAUUUCCAAAGCUUGGUGUGAGUUUUACGUAAUAAAACAUUGUUACAUUGUU